AUGAAAGAGGUUAGAGAUACGCUCAUAGCGUUGCAAGACUGGCGAGCGACCGCCAAGCGCAUUCUCGGGAAGGACAUCACGUUCGACUGGGAAUUUCAAAAGGCACCUCUUGGCCAGUACAUGUGGCAAGGGAAUAAACCAAACAAGGAAGAUAUGCACGGAUUCUAUACCGCCUCUCUGCCUGGAGGCACUGGCGCAUACGACUUUAGUAAGAGCGAGUCCUCUCCGGAAGAAGUCGAGACCUUCCCCGCGGAUAUUGAAGAGAUUGCCGGUUACAUGCGGGACGUGGCUGCUCCCGCGAUGGAGAGCAUGGCUACCGAUAAGUAUGGGAAGCCAACGUCACCUGGCGGAUACCUCGCCGAUGUGUUCUCUGAUGUUGUUGGAUGA